UCUCUACUUAUAUCUUUCACCUCUUGUUCAAAAACCACCAUCACGUUGUCUAUACUACCAUGUCCACCGGCUGGCAUCUGUACUUCCAAGCUGAGACGUUGUACGGCCGAGGUGAAUUCGAUAGGGCCUUUGAGCGUUACCAGAAAGCUAUCAAGAAGAUCGUGAAGGACGAACUGGUUACGAUGACGUUACCCAUACUUAACAACCCGUUGCAUGAGUAUACCCUUCCGACGGAGACGCUAGGCGCAGCAUGGAGCAGCUUUAUUUCUUAUUUCAAGGACCCAGCGCUGGGUAAGACCAAGGACAACGCGCUGUGCGCAUACAUGCUGCUCUACAGCUACCGUCCCACUUCCACCAUAGAGGACCACCCCCGUUUUUUCACCGACAAAGCGCAGCUCUACCUGAAGGGCAUGCAAAUCACCGCGGGACUGACGCUCGGGCUGCUCGCCUGGGAUGAUGACGACCGGGCGAUCUCCAUGAGACGAUUCCGUGAGGCUCUAGAACUCGCCGCCGCCCACCCACCGUACUAUGACCUCGCUAAUGCGAGUCAGCCUUGGGAGCGCUUCGUCUGCACGGACGUAAAGGAUGCGCGGGACAACCUCGCGGUGGUGUUCGAGAACGACCCUGAGAAGGCGCAGCUACUGGCGAUAUACGGUGUGGGAGACGGGCAUCCGUGGAGGGAGGUGUUGGGUGUAGGGUAUGUCAGGUAUGGGACGGAUGGGGAGAUUACAUUCGAGAGGAACAUGGUGGUCACGUUGGAUGAGUGCGUGGCGUGUGGGAAGCGCGAUGUGAAGCUGCGUCCGUGUAAACACUGCGAGAAGGUUGCUUAUUGUUCAGGCGGAUGUCAGAGGAUGCAUUGGAGGAUGCAUCAACCGGAUUGCAUUCCUCCUUAAACUGGAGUCUGGAGUCGUCUUUUUCGCAUCAACGUGUAACAUCAAUCAGCCUUCAAUGAUGCAAUACCAAUCAACUUUCAACGAUGUUAUUUUUGUUGCCUUGCGUUUCGAGCCCGAUCUCUUCAGAGCGGAGAAAUCAACCACACCCUUUGUAUUUCCUGCACUGGCGAUGAAUUUGAC